GGGAAACAAAAACAAAAUUUGAGUCUUACGAACAAAAUACAUUAUUGUCAUAUUAUAUUUUCACUCACCAUAUAAGAAACCGAUCCAAAAUUACACACCAAAUUCAAUCCCAACCUCACGUUCAAUCCUUCGUCCUUCAUCUUAUUCAGUCACUGUUACAUCCCAUUUGGCCUCAUCAAUUGGAUUUCCGCGCUUCGACCUUCCGCGACCCCGAUUCACAAUACCAGUUAUGUCUUCACCAUCAGGCUCCUCAUCUGCAUCUGGAUCUGGUAAGGCGAAUGGCGUCCUCAACAAAGCAUUCCCGCACAUCGAUCUCGAUGGUCACAACCUUCCUCCCUCACCUGCUCCCUCCAGUCCACACAAUGGCAGAAGAUACGCGUUGGCCACCGAAUUGGUUUACACAGAGACUAAGGAUCAAUAUGGAGCAUCGAGUAUGCCAAUAUACCAAUCUGCCACAUUCAAACAGAACUUAGCUGGCGGCGGAUCAGAAUACGAUUACACACGAUCCGGCAACCCUACAAGAACACAUUUAGAGCGACAUCUCGCCAAGAUUAUGAACGCUACCCGUGCGCUCGUUGUUGGGUCUGGUAUGGGCGCAUUAGAUGUUAUAACACGAAUUCUACGACCUGGCGAUGAAGUUAUCACAGGAGAUGAUUUAUACGGGGGUACCAAUCGAUUGUUGACAUACCUGGCUGCGAACACCGGUAUAGUUGUACACCAUGUUGAUACGACCAACCCCGACAAAGUCAAAGCAGUUUUAGGUCCUAAAACAGCUAUGGUUCUACUAGAGACUCCAACCAAUCCCUUGAUAAAGAUUGUUGAUAUCGCAACAAUUGCAAGGACCGCACACGAGCUGAAUGAGAAGGCUUUGGUUGUGGUUGACAACACCAUGCUCUCCCCCAUGUUAUGCAAUCCAUUGGACCUAGGCGCAGAUAUUGUUUAUGAGUCAGGCACGAAAUAUCUUUCUGGGCAUCACGAUAUUAUGGCCGGUGUUUUGGCUUUCAACGAUCCCGCUAUUGGAGAUAAGAUGUACUUCACAAUCAAUUCUACUGGUUGUGGCCUUUCACCGAAUGACUCAUUCUUACUCAUGAGGGGAAUAAAGACUUUGGCAAUCCGUAUGGAACGACAACAGACGAAUGCUCAAGCAAUUGCUGAAUUCUUAGAAUCACAUGGUUUCCGUGUAAGAUACCCGGGUCUGAAAUCUCACCCUCAAUACGAUCUUCACUGGUCUAUGGCUCGUGGAGCUGGAGCCGUACUAUCUUUCGAAACAGGUGAUGUUGCUCUCUCCGAGAGAAUUGUUGAAGCCGCAAAGUUAUGGGGCAUUAGUGUUAGUUUUGGUUGUGUCAACAGUCUGAUCAGUAUGCCAUGCCAGAUGAGUCAUGCCAGUAUUGAUGCAAAGACGAGGAAGGAAAGACAGAUGCCAGAAGAUAUCAUUAGAUUGUGUGUUGGAAUUGAGGACGUAACAGAUUUGAUAUAUGAUUUGAGCCGAGCUGUAAGUACAGGCUGAAAAAUUUCCACGUCGUAAUGCUAAUUCUCCGUAGCUCGUCCAAGCAGGUGCUGUAAAGGUAACCCUUGAUGGAUUUCAUGCCGUAGGUGCUGCUCAAGCUAUUGCUGAGAUACCAAUAGCCGAAUCAGACGAUGCAGCUGCUCCAUUGUAACAAAUGAUUUAUUGUACAUUGCUAGGCGUUCACGGUGUUAUGGGAUGAUUUUGAUGCUCGACUAGCAAAUGCUAUGAGCUUGCCAGAAUAAAAUGGAGCUAGAUACCUAGAUAUACCACCAUAAAUGAAGAAUAAUAUGAACCAGAUCAGUGUCUUGAG